AUGCGCUUCAACGUCUUCACAAGCGAAUCUCUCGAUUACACUAUAGGGUUCUACAUCGAGACAGAAGCAAGCACCAGACAUGGCUGGACACACUUCAUGGCACCGGAAACUCGCAACAGAAGAAAAUACUCCGCUGCAUACGGCCCCAACCCCAAAGACGCCCCAGGAUACAUAGAAGGCUCUUGCAGAAAAAUAGCAACAAUGGACGAGCAGGACCUGUCCAAGUUCCACGAAGAAUGCUACCAGGCAACCGCUGCCAUAACAGAGUUUGACGAAAAGGAUUUCUUCUGGGCUAGGAAGAAGAUCUUUGAGUGGGAUUUUUCGGUCGAGAUGGACUGGCGUCCUGUGUGCUGUGGUGAUAGCGAUGAUGGUACUCCGCUGGGUUGGAGUCAAGUGGGCAGCCCCACGCGAUCUGGUUCUCUGUCGCCUGAUUACAUGUAUUCCGUUGCAAGUCCGACUAGCAAUUCGCCGGGAGCACGGUUCCAAGUCAGCUCUUUUGGAAGUCCGACAGGGAGCUCCUUGAGUAGUCCCAUCGGUAGUCCUCCAUACGGUCGUCCCAACACUCAAUGGGCGUCGGUGUAUUCUUCAAUCAGCGGCCGCCUGGCUGGGACUUCGUUGAGUGGUUCUUCUGACGCCAAUGGAACGACUGAAAGCUUCUCCACACUGUCCCCAUUUCCUGGAGCUUCUACCUCUCCUCAGUCGACCGGGGGCCAGUCGAGAUAUGGUUGCAACAAGUGA